AUGUUCGUGGGUGGGUGCGACGACUACACGUCCCUACUCCUCAUGGACCCUCUCACCCUCAUCGACUCGCUGCCGUAUCCCUUCACCACCUUUGAAGCCCUGGCUCCGGGCGCAAACAUGCUGACCAGAAAUUCCCCGAGAGGGAACAUGCCGACAGGGAUCUUCUCAACGGCUGCGCAAGCAGCAGCUUGCAUCGAAUUGGCGUCACUGGGAGGGCGGAAUGGAGAUGCUGAGGUGGGAGGGGGGCUGCCGCAGGCGAGCCAGGACUUGAUGGCACAGGAGGAGCUCUUGCAGACGCUGCUGCUAGAGGAGGCACCAGAGACGGGUGGAAAUAGGAUGCUGAGUGUUACGUGCAGUGCGGGGAUGCCUGCAGAUCAACCUGCUGCCACCAUGAACAUUUCAGUCGCUGAAUCGUGUGUGAUGCCAAGAAAGACUGGUGAUUCUAGCUAUGCUGAUGUUGCACUUUUUGUGGGUGGGAGUGAGGAAGUUUUGCUGAAGACGGCCGUAGUGGGUGCUGCUGUGGGUGCUCCAAAGGGGAAGGAGGAGGGAAGCAAGCAGCAGAAGAAGAGGAAGAAGGCACAGAAGAAGGCUGAGCUGGUGGCUGCUGAUCAACCUGAGUCUCCACCUGCCGCUCCAGCCAUGAAAAAACUUGGAGAUUCAUCUGGAAAUCCCAUCAAAUAUCUCUAUGGAGAUCCAACGGUCUACAGCAGCUUGGCGCUCCUCGAGGCCACAAGCGCACCAGGUGCAGAAGCAAGCGUGAUGCCACGAAACUAUAGCGAUUCUAGUGAAACAGGGGUUGCACUUGGUGUGGCUGGAAAUGAGGCAGUGGCACCAGAGGAAAGCAAGCAGGAGAAAGGCAAGCAGCAGAAGAAGAGGAAGAAGACACAGAAGAAGGCUGAGCAGGUGUCACCAAUAGAGGGUAGGCAGCUGGAUGCUGCUGCUGUGAAGGCAGCUCCCCAAGCCAAGAAAGCAAGGAAGCAGAACGCAUCACGAGGCCCUGAGUUCUCUGGCCAGGGCAAUAGUCAGGCUGAGCCUUCCAGUGCUGCAAGUGCUGCUCCAGAACCAGCGCCAGCUCGCUUAGACUCGGCUGGUGAUGCCAGUGCAGGGGUGAAUAGCCUCUCAACCCCCCCUCCUGCACAUGCUGCUGCCAAUCCGAAAGGACCCCGACCUGAGACGAUCAAGAGACGAGCAGAAGAGAUAUCCCGUGAAGAAAUGAGGUACAUUGGAGUUCGAAAGAGGGGAUUGGGCAAUCGGUGGGUGGCGGAGAGAAAGGACAACAUCCAUGGCGUGAGGAGGUGGCUUGGGACGUUCGCCACACCUGAAGAGGCAGCUCGGGAGUAUGAUAAGGCAGCACGGGAAAUAAGAGGUGAAACCACCCGCCGCACCAACUUCCCCUUUCACAAGUAA